AUGUUGGUAACGUCGGAAUAUACCAUUCGAAUUGUAUUAUUUCGAAAAGUAGGACUUUAACAUCAAAAAAAUAAAAAAAGUGAGCCAAAAAAACCUUUCACUUUUCUUACAAAAAAGACCAUUAGUAAAUCGAAAAGAAAGUCUUAUAAUUCAGAGAUUUAUCGACUAAAGUUUAAAACCGUUUGAAAAAUUUGAACUGAACAUAAAAUGUAGAAGAAGAAAAAAAUGAAUGAAUGAAAUAAUAUUUUUCAAAUAAAAAAAUAAUUCUCUCGGUGCGAAGACGCAGACAGCUAUAUAGAAAAAUUCGAGAAAGAGAGAGACACUCUUGCCGCGGAGACGCAGACGGCUAGAAAGGCUACAGUUUGCGUAUUUCGAAAAAAAGAGAAUAUUAGAUUUCGAAUAACGAUUUUUUUCGCACUUCAUUUCGUCUUCAAAAUUAGCUGUGAAGAAAUAAAUUUAUUUAUAAUGAAAUUUGAAAACAAACUAUGAAUUUUUUUCCAGAAAGAAAAAGAAUAGACUGAGAGAAAGUGAAACUAAAAUUAAAAAAAUAUUUUUUUCGUUUUUUUGUUCGCCGUAAUUUCAACAGAAAAAUGAUUAUAGAAAGCGUAAUUAAUUUUUUUGUUUCUAUGCACGUAAAUUUUUUUAAUUAAUUUUUUUAAACGUAUUAGAAAGUUUUUUUAAAGUGUCCAUAGCUCGUUAAUGUGUCGAAACGUUGUUUAUAAAAGAAAAUACUGUAUCCAGUACCGAAAAUCGAAAUUCAAACUCCAAGAAUCGAUCAAAAUAUCAGUUUCCAACUAAUAAACAAGAAAAAAAAAGCUGUCAGUGUCCGCGCAAAAGAGAAAAAUUUCGACUUGACGAAAAAUUAAAAAAAAGGUGUAAUUGGUCUGUACCUAAGAGACAAAACCCAAAAUCGAAAUUUCAACUCCAGGAAUCGAUCACAUUAUCAGUUUUCAAUUACUUAAACAGGAAAAAAAAAGAAUACAAAAUCAAACCUGAGUUAUGCCGUGUUCAAAGUAAUUUCCGCGAAAUUCAAAAUACCCGUUAGAGAAAGGAAAAGAUCACUAAAUUUUGGAGAGUCAUUUUGAAUUUCGCGGAAAUUACUUUGAACACGGCAUUAAAAAUUUCGACUUUCGUGAACAGAACAAUUAUGUAGUCCUUUGAACCAAUCAAACCACAAGAAAAUAAACUGCGAAAUUUUAAGAGAGUUAUAGGAAAUGACUAGCAACAUUUGGAAACUAUAAAUGUCAGGAAAAAAAAAAUGCUAGCCUUCAAAUAAUCAAAAAAUCCGGACUCUUAACUACGACGCGAAAAAGACGAUUGUUAGCCACGCCCACUCAUGCAGCGUCCGCAUGCUUUUCAGAAAAGGGGCGGGAACCCCGCUUUAGAACGCUGUGAAUUCGGAAUUUAAAAAUAUUUCAAAGACCAAAAAACAGCUGAAAUAGGAUUAUAAACACACAAACUAUUAUUAGAUUUGCGUUUGGUUUUUUUCUCGCUCGCACAUCGCUGUUUGAGGUCAUUCCCUCCAGAGGCACGGUCACGAUUUACAGCCAUUGUAAAUUAGAAGAAGCCUUGACUUCUUUCCCUUUUUUAAAUCCUUCCAAAGAUCCUUCAGGCAAUUUUAAGCUCAACUUCGAUUAAUUCGAAAAAAGUGCACCUAGUCUCCUCAGGAAUAAGCUCGUUCCUAUGAUAAAUGAAAGAGAAAAUUUCCGAUCCAAAUUCUCCCCUUUAGGUGGUCCGGAUCCUGCCCAACUCCCUCCGUCAGAACGCCCAACUCCUCGAGCAAUCCAUCGUGGAUCUUGACGAGAAGAUCAAGGACGUCCUGGAGGAGACCAAGGUCGAUUUCGACAAGUGGAAGGCGAUCGCCGCCCAGCAGCCGCAAAUGAGCCCCGAGUUUAUUAGGGGCGGGGCUUGA